ACAGGAUGGACCUCUUCUGCUUUCUGGUCACUUUCUGGCUUUGUGUAACACUACAAAGUGGAUCCUCAGAACGCUGUGAAGACUGGGGACUGGACACUAUGACCAAAAUCCAAGUAUAUGAUGGGGAACCUGCCUGUAUCAAGUGCCCACUCUUCGAACAGUUCCUAAAAUACAACUACAGUACUGCCCACUCUGCUGGACUUACUCUGAUCUGGUAUUGGAUUGGUCAAGACCGUGACCUCGAGGAGCCAAUCAAUUUCCGACUGCCAGACAACCGGAUUAGCAAAGAGAAAGACAUCCUCUGGUUUCGGCCCACUCUUCUCAAUGACACUGGGAAUUACACCUGCAUGUUGAGGAAUACCACAUAUUGCAGCAAAGUUGCCUUUCCCCUGGAAGUCGUUAGAAAGGACCCAGGUAAAUGUGUCAGUCCGUUAGUGAAACCCUUGGUGAAGUUAUUAUAUGAAGAGGAAGACUUGCAAUUCAUCAAUUGUCCAAAUAUAGAUGGAUUUUAUCCUGUAAACCUGAAACCAGUUGUCCAUUGGUUCAAGGGCUGUAAAGAAGUGAAUAACUUUCAUAGUGUAUUUCCCAAUGGGACUAGCCUGGACUUUACUACAGCCCGAAGUUCAAUUAAUGGAAUUUACACUUGCAUCGUGAACUAUCUGGACGGUGGGCGAACCUUCAGUCUCACCCGAAGUGUAGAAGUGAAGGUGGUAGGGCAUCCUGAUAAAGCACUGCCUCCACAAAUGCUCUCUCCUAUGGACCAAGUAGUUUAUGAAAAGGAACCAGGAGAGGAACUUCUCCUUCCCUGUGAAGUCAUUUUUACUUUUCUGAAGGACUCUCCCAAAGAGAUUUGGUGGACUAUUGAUGGGAAGAAAACUGAUGACAUCCCUGACAUAACAGUGAACCAAAGCAUUAUCACCUCUCAAAUUGAAGAUAUAACAAUAAAAAAGACACUGAACAUCAAAAAAGUGUCCUCUGAUGAUUUGAAGCGCAACUAUACCUGUCAUGCAAGAAAUGCAAAGGGGAAAGUGGAAAAGCAGGCCAAAGUGAAACAGAAAGUUCUAGUGCCAAGAUACACGGUGGAACUGGCCUGUGGGUUUGGAGCCACGGUCUUCCUUGUGGUGAUUCUGAUUGUCGUCUACCAUGUCUACUGGCUGGAGAUGGUGCUGUUUUAUCGGGCUCACUUUGGGACAGAUGAAACAAUUUUGGAUGGCAAGGAGUAUGACAUUUAUGUAUCCUAUGCAAGAAAUGCUGAGGAAGAAGAAUUUGUAUUACUGACCCUUCGUGGAGUCCUAGAGAAUGAAUUUGGUUACAAGCUGUGCAUUUUUGACCGGGACAGCCUGCCAGGUGGAAACACAGUUGAAGCAGUGUUUGAUUUCAUCCAGAGGAGCCGAAGGAUGAUUGUGGUCCUUAGCCCCGACUACGUGACCGAGAAGAGCAUCAGCAUGCUGGAAUUCAAGCUGGGUGUUAUGUGCCAGAACUCCAUUGCUACCCAACUCAUUGUAGUCGAGUACCAACCCCUUCAACAUCCCCACCCAGGUGUUCUGCAGCUCAAAGAGUCCGUUCCUUUCAUCAGCUGGAAGGGAGAAAAAUCCAACAAGCCGGGCUCCCAGUUCUGGAAGGCCCUGAGGUUGGCCCUGCCCCUGAGGAGCCUGAACGCCGGCUCCGGCUGGAACGACAGCUGUUCUUCUCAGUCCGAUCUCAGCCUAGACCACAUCCAGAGGAGGCGAAGCCGGUUGAAAGCCCCCUCAGAGCGCCAGGACUCCAAGAGUGGGCUCAGCACAGUCCCGACCCCCAUGGCCAGGGCCAAGCACCGAGCAAAGCCCUCGUCGGCCUGUCGGUGCUGCGUGACCUACUGCGGAGGCCAGAGCCAGCUCAGGAGUAAAAGCCGGGCCGAGGUGCAGGUCCAGCCCCAGUGGGAGACUCAUCUCUGCAAACCCGUCCCCCGACACUCAGAGACUCACUGGAUCCAGAAUGGAAACAAGGCAGAGGUGCCAGCCCCUCAGAUUUCCUCUCUUGCCCUCCAUCACUUUACGGAUCUAUCUAACAACAACGACUUCUAUGUACUUUAAUCUGGACAAAAGAAGGGAGAGGCUCUCCCCGUCAACCUCUUUGUAAAAUGAACCCAUGGGAACCAUGAACAUUUUCUUAUUAUUAGCUGGUGCCCGCUUCCAUUUUUCUUCCCGUUCAUUUCCAGGGGACAGAAAGCCUUCAGGUCCUCACUGAAGGGCUGAAUCUGAAAGUACGGCUAAACAUGGCUGAAAGGUAGACCUUCUCUUCCAUGUCUCAUCCCGUCAGGUCAGGGCAAAAUGGCUCUCCAGUGUUUGAUUCUUUCAAUCCCACCCAAAUGUCAAAACCUAGAACCCGGGGAUAAAGUUUAAGUGGGUUUCUUUGUUCCAUGUCCAUAAAUCCCAUGCUCAGUGGGUCACUUAUGCUCGUGCUGUGAGGCACACAGUGUGUGUAUUUUCUGUGAGUGUGAAGCCAUUAGGGGCCAAUGCCAGGAGAAGGUUGAUGGGUUCACUCUGAUUGGAAGAGAGCCCAGGGCAUACCCCAACUCCCCUCCCCACCUCCCACCCCCCAGAUGCCCUACCAACAGAGUCCUAAAUAGUGUUUUCAUGUUUAUUGUGGAGUCCUGUACUCUUAAACUGCCUCAUCACAGAGACAAUAAAGUUAUAUUUUUA